AUGGAAGGCCUUAUUGAGAGUAUGAGUGAAGGUUUGAAACUUUCAGAAGGUGAAAGGAAGGAGAUAACAAUCACCGAGUCGGAUACCGCAGAUCUACGAGGAAGAAGUGAAAGGUGCCUGCUGGGAAAGUUGAUGUCGGAUCGACGUAUCCAAAAGGAAGCCUUUAAGACGUUAAUGUCAAGGCUGUGGAAAACCAUUGAAACAGUAGCCUUCAAGGAGAUACAAGAUAAUUUAUGGCUUCUAGAGUUCUCUAACAGGGCAGACAAACGGCGCGUUCUCGAGGGACGACCUUGGCUCUUUGACCGCAGUUUGUUGGUCCUAAAGGAGAUUGAUGAAGAUAUAUCUCCCUCGCAGAUGGAUUUUUCCAAAGCGCUUUUCUGGAUACAGGUGCAUGACAUGCCUCUCACGUGCAUGAACCGGGAGGUAGGUCUCCGUAUAGGCCAAUCCAUUGGAGAUGUGGAGGACAUAGAUGUUACGGGAGAUGGUGUAGGAUGGGGAAGAUAUUUGAGAAUAAGAGUUUCUGUUGAUAUUACAAAGCCUCUUGAAAGGGGUAGGGCAAUUGUCCUCAAUGGUAAAUCUAUUUGGGUCUUGCUCAAAUACGAAAAACUCCCACAGUUUUGUUAUCACUGUGGAAGGAUCUACCAUGAGGAUAAAGCUUGCCCGCGCAAGUCCAACUUCCGGAUCAAUGAGGAGGUUUCAGCUAAGGCUUGGGGGGUUUGGCUUCGGGCGGACGGAUUGCACCUCAGGAAGGAAGGAUCAUCGGCAGUUCGACAAUCAGCUUAUAAUGCAAGGAAUCAAGUGUUGGCUGAUCAGGAACCAGGGGUUCGGGAAGGGGAUGACAGAUUGCCGGGUGAUUCCUCCGUCAUGCAGGGUGGUGGCGAGAUACACCGGGAAGCUCCAGCUGGAAGAGCUUCAGAUGGACCAGCUGAAAAGAUGGAUGUACUGUGUACGACAGACUUCAUGGAAAGUGAUGAGAAUAUGGGCGGGAAAACGGGCAUUAAUGAGGAAGAUUUAGGGGGGGAUUUGGAAGGAGAAAUUGCGUCUGACAGUGGCAAAGGUGAGGGCCAUCAGCGAGACAAGCCCCUAACUAUAAGCGAUACAGAGGUUAUUAACCAGAAUGAUACGAAAAUCCGUGGGGUUCAAAACGAGGUUGGUUGUAUCGAGCCAAGGGCCGAAGAUAGUCAUGACAGAAAGGGUGCCACGCUAAACAAAGUGCUGAUAGAAGAUAGCCAAGUGGCAGGAAGGAUGACCCCUAAUACCAACGUGGCAGUGAAAAAGAUUGGGUCCCAGCUGGAGGGAUCGCUUGUCCAGCCGUCAACAGAGGAGACGCCGAAGACUCUGAGUAAGGUUCGAAAGUGGAAAAGAAAGACAAAGGAUAUUACAAGAGACGAUCCUAGCGAAACAGAUCGAAAGAGGAAGUUUGAAGAUGUGGAGUGGAUUCACCCGGAGGACCAAGAGCACCAUUCUAAAAAGAGGCAUUCUGGAGGUGAGUUACUGUUACUUGAUGAAGAGGCGGUGGCUGAUUCUCAGCUCCGCCUGUCGCCAUGA